CUGUGGAGCAGCCGCCUUGCUCCAUCCCUCCGGGACGGGCCUGUGGGCGGGGGCCUCAGCCGCAAUGGGCCAAGGACUUGGUAAAACUGUCUGGCCCAAACCUGCAGGAGCAUAUCAGACUUUUACAAGUGGAAGAAGACAUUCCUUUGUUGGGUUUAGACCAUUUUUGAAUAAUCAAGACAUAGAUGGACAUCAACAGAAGGAUGACUGCAAACAAUUAGAAUUGGAAGAUGUUCAGAAAGAGAAUGCUUUAUCUUUCUCUGAAGAUUCUAGUCCAUUGGUUCAAGUUUCUGAGCCUUUGUCAAAAGAUGCUGGCACUAGAGAACCUGUUUGCCAAAGUGCAUCAAGCCAAACAUCACCAUUUUCUGUAUUCUGUUAUGACCUAGAAGGCAACCAAACCUCACGGGACCUGAUGAAUCCUAAUGAAAAAUCUGAGGACGUUGCAGAACACACGCCUGGAGGGCAUAAUGAUUUGAACGGUAAAAAUGGAAUUGCUUUUGUAAACAUUGACUCUUAUGAGCCAGAUAGCAGUGAUGGAGAUGAAGAGGAUGCUCUAGACAAAUAUUCUUGGAUAAGAGAAGCAGCAGGUCUAAUUCAGGGAAGACUAGAUAACAUACUUUCUCAGUGUGAAAAAGACAUGGAGUCUAUUAAUGACUUACAGUCCCGACUCUCUGCUUUCAACCACAGUGUUUAUAAAGAAAGUUGCGAAGAAGCACAACCGUCUUUGGCAUGUCCAAGCAAUAGGAGACCUAAAUCCGCUGAAGAUGAAGCUACACCAAAAAUUAGCCUGGGUGAUGACAGUUAUGAAACACAGCAGAUAAAACAUAUAGUGGAUGUAGGAAUUGGAACCCCUGUACCAGUUGCUGAUGUAUUAAACAUCUGUGAUGGAGACUCUGACCAAGAAAAUUCAUCUGAACUAGUAGUGAGACCUAAAAUUAGAAAACAAAAUACUGCUAAACAACUGGAGAGAGAAAAACAUCUCCCUAGUGAUGAUGAAGAGGAAAAUGAUUCCUGGAGGAGAAUUGGAACUGCUGAUGUCCAGCAGUGCCAUCCUGAGUGUCCCUUGAGAGAUGGCAAAGAUGAGAUGAGUUCUGGUAUGUUCUUUCUCUCAAGAAUGCGCAGUCAUCAAAAGAACAUAGAAAUAGACUUAAGAAGAAAUGCACUAGCUCAAGUACAAAACAAUGUUCUAAGUGACAGUGCUUUUUGGAAUGAGUUUGAAGACCACAACACACAUUACUUAAUGUCCCACAAAGAUGAAGACAGCUCAGAGUGCAGUGAUGGAGAAUGGUCUACAUCUGUGCCUUCCUAUUUUACUGCUGUGGAAAAAGAGCAGUCCUCAAGUGAUGAAAGCUGGGAGACUGUCUCGUGCAGGGAGGAGCGUGACCCUGGUGUGCAGAGGAGCAGCAGUGGUGUGAAAGAGGACAGCACAGACUUCUGUUUCCAAGAAGAGGAACAGGCAUUAUUGGAGGAAGGUGAAAUUCCUUGGUUACAGUACCAAGAAGAAGUAGAAAGUAGCAGUGAUGAGGAAAAUGAUCCAAUUCGUGAUUUUGUACAUCUUGGAUUCCUCUUGUUGGAUGGAAAUAACAAUCUUGAGGAUGACUCCAGUGUGAGUGAAGACCUGGAUGUGGAGUGGAGACUACUUGAUGAGUUUGGUGAUGGCCUUGGACUUGGUCAAGCCAUUCCUUACAUGGAACCUCAAUUUCUCACAUAUAUGGCACUAGAGGGACACUUAGAAGCUGUGGAGACCGCUCUGGCACAGUUGGAGUCUCUUACAUUUGAUGUUGAACAGACUCAUCCACCAGCUAGAAAAGAAACCAUAGAUAGUCUGCCACAGAUUAUUGUCACAAGUGACUACAAUGGUCAAGAGCAGUGUUGUACUAUCUGUUGCAGUGAAUAUGUGGAAGGUGAAAUCAUAACAGAGCUACCCUGUCAUCAUUUGUUUCACAAACCUUGUGUAACUCUUUGGUUACAGAGAUCGGGAACAUGCCCUGUUUGUCGUCAUGUCCUUGCACCUGUACUUCCCGAAGCAGCUGAUGACACUGUUUUUUUUAUUUGAUUGAUGAUUCAGCAUCUUCUGUUAACAUUGCUACAGGACCCUCAGACUAGGGUUGAAAAUAAAAUCUGCCACCAAAAUAAAAA